CCGUACAAUAGCGAAAGAGGCCGAGCUGCAGCGGAGCUGUCCGGAACAUCCGGCUGCAGCUCCUCAACAUAAACAGCAAUGGCGGAGGCAGCAGUAGCGUCUACGGCGGCUUCAGCAGUAACAGGAGGUUGGACCAAACACGUAACCUGCAGAUAUUUCAUGCAUGGUCUUUGCAAAGAGGGAGACAACUGUCGAUAUUCUCAUGAUCUGACCAGCAGCAAACCUGCAGCCAUGAUUUGCAAGUUCUUUCAGAAGGGAAACUGUGUGUUUGGAGACCGUUGCAGGUUUGAACACUGCAAACCGGCAAAGAACGAGGAGCUGCCAGCCCCCCAGACGCUGCCGCUGCCCUCUGUCUCGCUGCCUGUCCCAUCAGACCCAGAACCCAGUGGGCCAACACCUGGUCCAGGGGCACAAGACUGGGUCAACGCUGCUGAGUUUGUUCCAGGACAGCCGUACUGUGGACGAGCUGAGCCAGUGAAGGUGGAGAGCUCCGUCCCUCUCAUCGAGGAGUUUGACAGUGACGCAGCAGUGGAUAACAAAGAGCUGAGGAAGCAGCUCUGUCCGUAUGCUGCUGUUGGAGAGUGCCGCUACGGAAUCAACUGCGCCUAUCUCCACGGCGACGUUUGUGACAUGUGUGGCCUCCAGGUGCUCCACCCCACUGACAACAACCAGCGCUCCGAUCACAUAAAGGCAUGCAUCGAGGCCCAUGAAAAAGACAUGGAGAUUUCCUUUGCCAUCCAACGCAGCAAGGACAUGAUGUGUGGUGUGUGUAUGGAAGUGGUGUUUGAGAAAGCCAACCCAAGUGAGCGCCGCUUCGGCAUCCUCUCCAACUGCAGCCACUGCUACUGUCUAAAGUGCAUCCGCAAGUGGAGGAGUGCCAAGCAGUUUGAGAGCAAAAUCAUCAAGUCUUGCCCAGAGUGUCGAAUCACAUCCAACUUUGUCAUCCCCAGCGAGUACUGGGUGGAAGAUAAGGACGACAAGCAGAACUCAUCCAGAAACAAGGACGGCAUGGGGAGUAAACCGUGUCGAUACUUUGAUGAGGGUCGUGGAACGUGUCCUUUCGGCUCAAAUUGCUUCUACAAGCAUGCCUUUCCUGAUGGGCGGCUGGAGGAAGCACAGCCCCAGCGAAGACAGAAUGGAUCCAACAGCAGGAAUCGGAACUCGAGGCGAACGCCGCUGUGGGACAUCUUUGACGAGCGGGAAAGCACCGACUCCUUUGACAACGAGGACGAGGAGAUGGUGACGUUUGAGCUGAGCGAGAUGCUCCUCAUGCUGCUCGCCGCAGGAACUGACGACGAAGUGACAGAUUCAGAGGACGAGUGGGACUUGUUUCACGAGGAGCUGGACGAUUUCUAUGAGAUUUACCUAUAGCAGCCCCACCUAUUAACCCCCACCCCCACCCCCCAUGUAUACUAGACACUAGGAUGGACUGUCUUGUGUGAGUGAUGGACAGUAGCUUUUCCCCACCCCCUGUAUUGUGGCAGUGCCUUUAAGCAGGCCAUAUUAAUAAAUGAACUUAUAAAAGGUU